GUUUCUAUUUUUAGAAACAAUAUUUGCCGGAAUGUUCGUUUACGCCGUAUUGUCCAGUUCAGUCGAGUACCAAAUUUAUGGGUGACAGGGAUGGUCGAGUCAGUGUUCGAGUUCGCAUGAUUGCAGCAGGACCAAUAGUGAUGUGGUACAUUUAUGUAGCUGGUUGGGAAAUUGGUGAUGAAUUCCUCCCUUCCCUCAAGUGUCCACAAUUCUGUAGCUAAUACAAUCACUAUAAACACAACACAAAUCGACUCGGGCAUGAUCAGUGAUGGGAUAAGUGAGCCAAGCUCACCAGACAGCACAUUUGAUGCAUCAGAACUGAUUGGACCUGGUAUAUCCCGCAUAUCUGAUGAUGUUACUUCGCAGUUAGAGGCUGCAGGUCCUGUUGGUAUUGCCGCAGCAGCUGCAAUUAACUCUGGCCGCCACAGAAAGCGCAAUCACAUGUUUGAAACAAACCCAUCAGUCAGAAAAAGACAGCAGACAAGACUGUUAAGGAAAUUGAAGGCAUGCAUAGAAGAAUAUACAACAAGAGUUGGUCAGCAGGCAGUAGUGUUAUGUUGUACACCUUCCAAAUCCACAAGCCUCAAUUCUUACAAAGUGUUUGGCUCCCAGCCAUUAGAAAAUGUAAUGAAGAAUUGCAAGACAGCAAUAAUGCAGGAUCUAGACGAAGCUCUGGCAGAACAAGCCCCACCCAACAGUGAGGUAUCAUUAACAUAUGACCUUCCUGCACUUACUUUGGAUGGUAUCCCAACUCCAGUAGAUAAAAUGACACAGGCACAGUUACGUACAUUCAUACCUGAGAUGUUGAAGUAUUCUACUGGUCGUAGUAAGCCAGGCUGGGGCAAGAAUGAAUGUCGACCCACUUGGUGGCCUAAUGAUGUACCGUGGGCAAAUGUCCGUAGUGAUGUACGUACAGAAGAAGAAAAAAAGAGGGUAUCCUGGACAGAAGCUUUGAGAGCGAUUGUGAAAAACUGUUACAAACAUCAUGGCCGUGAAGAUCUGUUGAAUAUAUUUGGUGAAGGAGGGGGUGGAGCCGAGACACAGCCAGCCUUCCUUGGAACCAUGGUACAGACCAUCAAUAAUCCUGACGGAACGGUUUCCAUCAUACAGAUAGAUACAGGGCCUAACAGUGUGGUUACCCUCCCUGACGGAACACAAGCAACUGUUGUACACUCUAUGACAGCUAUCCCUCAAGAAAAUAUCAAUCAUGUUAGUCAAGACGCAGCUGGUGGCUUACAGGCUAUAGAAACCACAUUGGCCACUCAACAAGCAACUGAAGUUCAAGCCAAUCAGGUCGGGGUUGAGAUGCCAGGUGGCACACCUUUAACAAUCAGUGGAGGACGUCUUGUCUUGGCAAAUGGAGAAACUGCACCUCUAACAACUGAUCCAGCCACUGGAAUGAUGACAAUACCUGUAUCAAUUUAUCAAAGUCUGAUGGCGUCCCAGCAACAAGGCACAUUAGAUCUUGGUUCUACAGGUCAGGUGAUUUUCACGCAGGCUGCCACGACCCAGCAGGUCCAGCAACCACAGAUCAUCACACAGCAGCAACUGGAACAGCUCCAGCAGCAGACGUCCCUACAGCAGCACCUAGAAGGUCACCAGGGUAUUGUACAAGAAACAGAUCCUUUAGGUGUUCAGCUAGCACAGCAACAGAUACAAGCCGCUGGUGGUGACAGUGUAGCCGGCUUGAUCACAGCAGGAACUGUCGUCCAAAAAACUGAUCCAUCUUAGUUUUUAAUCUAGGUUUUACUUGUCACAUUUUUGUAUAGAUUUAUAACAGCCAAAGUGUUCAAGCCUGAAAGGGCUGAGGGGAUAUAGAUAAGCCUUUGAUGGGCAGUUUUUACAUCUAUACCAGGAAUGGUUCACUGAUUGUAGAUUUGGAUAGGAAUAUCCAGCUAAAGGCUGUGACAAGGAUCUGCCGAAUUACCAAAAAAACUGUUGUUCAAGAGCCAGAUAUUUAUAUUCUUGCAUACUUUGUUAUACAAAUCCUAGAAGAAAUGAAGUAAGGCAACUGUUGUGUUGAAGUUGAUGGCAUUCCAUUUAAAUUUGUAUAGUGGUAGCAUUGGCCUAAUUCUGUUAAUAUAUAAAAGUGGGUUGUUUUUGUAAAUCGUUCUAAAUUAGGAAAAUGAGGGUAUGACAAAGGUAAUGAGAUUCACUAUAUAUUUAUUCCCUUGAUUGAUUUUUAUCAUUGUUGGGCUUCAACAUAAACAUGUAAAUAUUGGUUAGUAAACAAUUGUAUUCUGUA